AUAUCUUCUUUCAAUACAUGAAGAUGAAAAUACAGAAGAAAGAGAAGCAGUUGUCAAAUUUAAAAGUUUUGACUCACUCCCCAAUGUCUGAUGUCUCUGUCAAUUUCGACUAUAAAUCCCCAUCACCAUUUGACUGCAGCACUGAUCAGGAAGAGAAAAUUGAAGAUGUUGCCAGUCACUGUCUGCCCCAGAAGGACUUGUAUGCUGCUGAAGAGGAAGCCGAUACCCUUUUUCCUAGGAAAAUGACAUCCCAUAAUGGAGUGGAGGACAGAGGAGGUGGAGGUCUUGGAGUAAAGAAGAAACGGAAGAAAAAGGAGACAGGAGAGCAGGAGGGUACAGCAAAGGGAAGCAAGGACAGGGAGCCCAAGCCAAAGAGGAAGCGAGAACCUAAAGAGCCAAAGGAACCCAGGAAGGCCAAGGAACCGAAAAAGGACAAGGAGACUAAGGAGUCGAAGCAGAAGGAUGGUGCUAAGAAGGCACGGAAGCCCCGAGAGGCCUCAGGUACCAAGGAGGCCAAAGAGAAGAAGAGUUGUGCUGACUCUGCAACCAGGACAAAAUCCAAGAAGGCUAGGUGUGUACUUUCCUCCCUACCCCAAGCCCUUGCCUCUGCCUCUGUGGAAGCAUUUGCCUUUGGUAUUAGCUCAAGCCCCUGGGAAAAUUUACUACAGUCUAGUUGGGGCCUAAGCUUCAUACCUUGCUUAUGUAAAAUGGGGCAGUGGAGGAGGUGGUUAUGC